AUCUCUUCUCCGCCGAAUCUACCAUGUCCUAAUUCGGUACCGUUUUGGCCUCCGUCUGCUAUUGCUGCUACCGCCACAGGGUAUCUCCAGGGGUCCAGCCACCACCACCACCCAGCCCUAGCUCCAGGGCGCUCCGUGUGCCGGACGGUCCACUACAGCUCACUACUAAGACACGAUACAGAUAGCCUACAACGUCAUUGUCACGCACACACGCACGCCCUUGCUUCAUAAACUGCCCCUAGACCUUGUCUUUGUCCGCGAAAUCGCAACCGCGUCUUUUCCAAUUACUCAAUUGCUCCGUCUACACAAACAUUGACUCUAGGAAAAAUGCUUCGACGGCCGUCAAAAGGCAACCUGGCCGCAGCAGCAGCAGCCGACCAACCUCCCACGCCUGCAACACCAAUCCCUUUCUCACGGCCAAACUCGUCCUCCUCCAUCCCUGCUACGCUCCUCGACCAAUCCCUUCCUCUACCGAAACUCAUCGUCUUCGACCUCGACUACACACUCUGGCCCUUUUGGGUAGACACGCACGUCACGCCACCGCUCAAGCCUAAUGCGCACCACUCGGCAGCCACAGACCGCUACGGCGAAGACUUUAGCUUCUAUCGCGACGUCCCCUCGAUAUUACAGCUGCUCCCGCGGCUCCAGAUCAAAAUGGCCGUUGCGUCACGUACCAGCGCACCCAGUCUAGCCCGUGAGCUGCUCAAGCUGCUGCAUCUGCCGGCGGAGCGGGAUGGCGAUAAGCCGCGCAAGGCGAUUGAUGCGUUUGAGGGCGGCAUGGAGAUCUACCCGGGCAGCAAGAUUAAACAUAUGGAGCUUAUACAUAAGCGGACGGGCGUGCCUUACGAAGAUAUCCUCUUCUUUGACGACGAGAGCAGGAAUCGAGAGACGGAGAAGCUGGGCGUCACAAUGCAGCUUAUUAACUCGGGAGUCUCGUGGGACGAGAUAGCAAAGGGUGUGGAUUCGUGGCGCAAGCGAAGAGGGUUUAUUACGAAGAAGAAUAAAAAGGAGAUGGACGGGUGAAGAUGAAAUGUAUAAUGUAAAAUGCUUUUUGUAGUAGAAUGUAUCCUAAAAGCUUGGCCUACAACAAUGCUGCCGUUUUUGUAUGCAUCUAGAGAGAAAUUUGAUAAAGAUCCAGAACGACGAGAAGGAAAGAAAGUCUAAAAAAUACUAUGCAAAAGCCGUUAAAAAGGAUAGACCAAAAAAGGAAAGCAUGUGGUAUAAGUGGUGUAGUGUGUGUGUAUUCGUCGGAGCGAGUCGUUUCUGGAAGUG